AUGAAGCAGCGAUUCUCUUCGCUGGACGUCAAGGUCAUCGCUGCCGAACUGAGUACGGCUCUUGUGACGCUUCGAGUCUCCAAUAUCUACGACCUUUCCUCCCGCAUAUUCUUGUUCAAAUGUGCAAAGCCUGGAGCCAAGCAGCAGCUCUUGGUUGAUAGCGGCUUUCGGACUCACCUCACUUCCUUCUCCCGCACUGCUGCCAGUGCACCUAGCCAGUUUGUUACUAGGUUACGAAAGUACUUGAAGAGCAGACGUAUCACGAGCGUAUCACAAAUCGGCACAGACAGAGUGAUAGAAAUCAAGUUCUCCGAUGGCCAGUAUAGACUGUUCCUCGAGUUCUUUGCAGCAGGAAACAUCAUCCUUACAGAUGCCGAUCUUACAGUUCUAGCACUGCUGAGGCAGGUCAGCGAAGGUGAUGAGGCGGUCGAUGUCAAACUCGGGUCGAAAUAUGUGCUAGACUCGAAGCAAAACUACAAUGGUAUACCACCCGUCACGACUGAGCGGAUAAGAGAGACAGUUGAAAAACAAGCUGCCAAAUUCAAGUCUGCGCAAGAGACUGGAGGCAAGAAAGCAAAGAGACAUAAAGGAGGUGACGAUUUGAGGAAAGCAUUGAGCCUUGGCUUCCCGGAGUUUCCACCUCAUCUACUCGAACAUGUCUUUACGAACCAAGGCAUAGACUCUGCUACAAAACUGGACGAUGUACUGCAGAGUCAAGACAUCCUGGCCAAGAUUGAGACUGCCAUGAACCAAGCGGGGGAAAUAUUCCGCAGUUUUGACAGUGCCGCUGAAAAGAAGGGCUACAUAAUAGCAAAGGUGAAGCAGGCGAGAACAGAUGAACCGUCUGCUGAAGGUACAAUGACCGAGGACACUGCCAGGGAUGACCUCCUCUAUGACGACUUUCAUCCUUUCCUUCCUGCACAAUUUCAAGAUAAACCUGGCACAAAGGUGCUCGAAUUUCAAGGCUUCAAUCGUACCGUCGAUGAGUUUUACUCUUCCUUAGAAUCGCAGAAACUAUCCUCCCGCCUCACCGAGCGCGAAGAAGCUGCCCGCAAGAAGCUCGAGUCAGCCAAGACCGAACAUGAGAAGCGAUUAGCUGGUCUGCAACAGGUCCAGGAAUUGCACAUACGUAAAGCUCAGGCCAUCGAGGCAAAUACACAUAGAGUUGAAGAGGCUUGUGCUGCUGUCAAUGGUCUCGUUGGUCAGGGAAUGGACUGGGUGGAUAUUGGCAAGUUAAUCGAGAACGAGCAAAGAAGGCAUAAUGUGGUUGCUCAAAUGAUCAAGCUACCUCUGAAGUUGUAUGAGAACACUGUUACACUGCUACUCGACGAGCCUGGUAUGCAAGAGGACGAAAGUGAUGAUGAGGCAGAUCGAACAGAAAGCGAAGAGGAUUCUGAGGAUGAAUUUGCCAAAGCAAAGAUGCCGGCGGAGAAAGAGAAGAGACUGGCCAUUGACGUGGACCUAGCCCAGACGCCUUGGGCCAAUGCCCGCCAAUACUACGACCAAAAGAAGACAGCUGCUCAAAAAGAAACUAAAACCGUCGCAGCAAGCGAGAAAGCACUGAAGAGCAUGGAGAAGAAAACGCAAGCUGAUCUGAAGAAAGGCUUGAAGCAGGAAACGCAAACGUUACGGGCCACUCGGAAACCUUUCUGGUUUGAGAAGUUCCUCUACUUCAUCUCAUCGGACGGUUAUCUUGUUCUUGGUGGUAAAGAUGCGCAGCAGAACGAACUGCUAUACAGACGCUAUUUGAAAAGAGGCGAUAUCUAUGUUCACGCUGACUUGCAUGGUGCUAGCAGUGUGAUCAUCAAGAAUAAUGCUCAAACACCCGAUGCACCGAUACCUCCUUCCACCCUAUCUCAAGCUGGUGCACUCUCGGUAUGCUCUUCUUCAGCAUGGGACAGCAAAGCAGUCAUGGCAGCAUGGUGGGUGAACUCUGAUCAAGUAUCGAAGACGGCACCAACCGGAGAAUAUCUUACCACUGGAGGCUUCGUCAUUCGUGGUCAGAAGAACUUUCUACCUCCUAGUCAACUACUACUUGGAUUUGGAUGCUAUUGGCUCAUUAGCGAAUCUAGCAGGGCCAACCAUGGAAAGAACAGAUUGUUGAGGACUGAAAGCAUGAUGACUGGUGAGGCAGAGGCAUUGGCCGAGGAUGCAAGAGGACUCAACAUUGAGGAUGACGGUGAUGAUGAGUACGAAGAUCAUGAGGCAGUGCCUGAUGUCGAGGAUGCUGCUCAGGAUGCAGAGGGAGAAGUCAGGGAGGACGAUGAGGCUGCUGAUGGUGAUCAUUCAGACAGCGAUUCUGAUGCGUCAGACGAGCAUGACGAUGAGCAUCGAGAGAUAAAACACCGUUCGAAUCCAUUGCAGUCGCGUGCUAAACAGGACGAUGAGGAGCCUGAGCAGACAGUCGAGGUUGAAAGGACCGACGACGAACAAGAUCAAAGAGGUACCGACACUUCGCAGAUUCAUUCAGCAGCAGAAACUGCCGAUGAAGAGGAGGAAGGCGCAGAAGAAGAAAAAUCACAAGAACAAUCUGAACCUCCAACACAACCCACUACACAAGCCACUUCAGACGCUGAAUCGUCCCGCAUGAAGCCGCUCCACCCACCGACAAAACAAAAACAAAAGCCCCCACAACCGAAGCGUGGCGCCAACACCAAAGCUGCCAAACGUCGACAAGCCAAAUAUGCCCUCCAAGACGACGAAGAUCGCGCUCUAGCCGCAGAACUACUUGGAACCACCAAAGCACAGCAGCGCAAAGAGGCCGAGGAAGAAGCCAAAGUCGCCCGUCAAGCCAAACUAGAACACGAAAAAGAAAGAAGAAGGGCGCAACACCAGAAAGCUGCGGACCAAGAGAAAGCCAGACAAGAGAAGCUCGCUAAGCAGGCCCAGAACGGAGAAGACGCGAUCGAGGACGAUGAAGAUGGCGACAACGCGGAGCAGGCCGCAGUCGAGAUGCAGGAGCUUUUGAACAUCGAUCUCCUAGUGCCACAUCCCGAACCAGGCGAUGAACUCGUUGCUGCUAUCCCAGUAGUCGCACCAUGGACUGCAUUGGGAAGAUGUAAAUACAAAGCCAAACUUCAACCAGGAAACAUGAAGAAGGGCAAGGCGCUAAAGGAGCUAGUCGGUAUCUGGUCCGGUCUCGGCAAUAAAGGGCCGAAGGUGGUUGAUGAGAAGAACAUGGAUAAAGAGAGGGUAUGGAGUAGGGAAGUGGAUUUGAUCAAGCAAUGGAGAGUUGAGGAGAUCGUUGGUGUCUUACCAGUGAAAGGUGUUAGGGUUAUGAUGGGUGGAGGGGCCGGCGCGGUCAUUGGUGGAGGAGCGGCGAAGAGUGGUAAGACGUACGGCAAGUCGAGGGGUGGGAAGGGAAGUAAGAGGUAG